AUGAGGGCCCUGCUAGUGCUGAGCACGCUGCUGGUGGCAGCCGUUGCCAAAGAUGACUUUGUCGGCCACCAGGUGCUCCGGGUCUUCACAGUCGAUGAAGUCCAGGUGCAGAAGGUGAAGGAGCUGGAGGAGCUGGAACACCUACAGCUGGACUUCUGGCGUGGCCCGACCCAGCCUGGCAUGCCCAUCGACAUCCGCGUGCCCUUCCUGAGCCUGCAGUCCGUCAAGGUCUUCCUGGAGUCCCACGGGAUCAAGUACUUCACCAUGAUCGAGGACGUUCAGUCGCUGCUGGACGAGGAGGAGGAGCAGAUGUUCGCCUUCCAGGCCCGGGCCCGCUCCACCGAUGCCUUUAACUACGCCACGUACCACACCCUGGAGGAGAUCUAUGACUUCAUGGACCUGCUGGUGGCUGAGAACCCAAAUCUCGUCAGCAAGAUUCAGAUCGGCAGCUCCUAUGAAGGCCGCCCCAUUUACGUGCUGAAGUUCAGCACUGGUGGAACCAAUCGUCCGGCGUUCUGGAUCGACACCGGCAUCCAUUCCCGGGAGUGGGUCACCCAGGCAAGCGGAGUCUGGUUUGCAAAGAAGAUCGUAGAGGACUAUGGCAAGGAGGCAGGACUCACGGCUUUUCUCGACAAGUUGGACAUCUUUCUGGAGAUUGUCACCAAUCCUGAUGGCUUUGCCUUCACCCACAGCAAGAACCGCUUGUGGCGCAAGACACGCUCCGUCACUCCCGGCUCCUCCUGCGUGGGCGUGGACCCCAACAGAAACUGGGACGCUGGCUUUGGGUUGGCCGGAGCCAGCAACAGCCCCUGCUCAGAGACCUACCACGGCCAGUACGCCAAUUCUGAAGUGGAGGUCAAGUCCAUUGUGGAUUUCGUGAAGGCCCAUGGGAACAUCAAAGCCUUCGUCUCCAUCCACAGCUACUCCCAGCUUCUCCUCUACCCCUUCGGCUACAAGACAGAUCCAGCCCGCGACCAGAGUGAGCUGCAUCAGCUGGCCAAGGCUGCAGUGACCGCCCUGUCUUCUCUCUACGGGACCAAGUACAAGUACGGCAGCAUCAUCAGCACAAUUUACCGAGCCAGUGGAGGCACCAUUGACUGGGCCUAUGAGCAGGGCAUCAAGUACGCCUUCACCUUUGAGCUGCGGGACACUGGCUUCUACGGCUUCCUGCUGCCAGCCUCACAGAUCGUCCCCACCGCCACUGAGACCUGGCUGGCCCUUCAGGUCAUCAUGGAGCACACUCAGAACAACCUGUACUGA